GAAAGGAAAAGGUUUAUCUAUAAAAUUGGUCCGACAAGUAUCAGUGCUUGAAAUUUAGAACAACGGAGGUCAUUUGAAUUUCAUUCCCCUCGUCAUGGCUGAAGAAUCUGAAACGGCGUCAACUAGUUCACAACCAAGAUCCUCCGUUAACACGGCACAAAUAUCCCAGCUUCCUGGAUAUUUUGGUGUUCCAGCUUUUCAAAAUGGUGAUUUUCAGAUGUUUCCAGUUAUGUUUCCUGCAAUUAUCCCAGGUUUAACUUCAUUACAAAAUCAGGAACAGAUUAACCGUGGAGCAGGCAUUUAUGCUGUUCAUGUUCCACCAUUUAUGGGGCAUAUUGCUGGAAUCUCAUCUAACAAUCUCAUUCCCCUCACCUAUAAUAUACCCACAAGGUCUGUGACGGAGGCAGGGGCCGCAAUUGAGGAGCAAGGGCAAGGAGCACAACCCCAACAUCAACAACAGAUAGGAUCUCAAAGACAAGUUGUCGUAAGAAGAUUCCAAAUUGCAUUUCAGCUGGAUUUGUUGCUUAUACUUAAGCUAGCGGCUGUAAUAUUUUUGUUCAACCAAGAUGGAUCAAGACAGAGGCUGUCUGUCCUUGUUUUCUUUGCUUCACUUGUCUAUUUGUAUCAAACUGGAGCACUCACGCCAUUGAUAAGAUGGCUUUCCCAAGGCAUGCAGAGGGCAGCCACACCUCCACGAGGGCCUGCUGCCAGAGCAGAGAAUGUUCCUGCUGCUGGAAGGCAGGACAAUGAAAAUGCAGCUUUGGCAGAUAAUGGCAAUCAGGCAGCUGAGAAUGAGAAUGAAGCAGAACCUGGUUUAGGAAAUGCUGGUAAUCAAUGGUGGGGAAUUGUAAGGGAAAUCCAAAUGAUUGUUUUCGGCUUCAUCACGUCUCUUCUCCCAGGCUUCCACAACAUAGAAUAGGUCAUACUUUAGAGAACCGACAAUCUUUUCCUUGCUAAUUAAUC